AGAUUUGGGUUGAAAACAACAUACAACAAGCAAAUCGAAACUUGGAUGAUUAUCAAGGCAUGGUAAACAUCAUUCAGGUUCAAGAAAAGCUUAGUUGAGGUCCUUUGCACGGAAUUACACAGUUUGCGUCAAAAUCGCACAAUUCUGCCGCAAUUUGUAGCAAAUUGAUAUUUCAUGUUAUUUUAGGUUAUUUUUAGUGAUUUUCACAUUUUUUGUAUUAUUUUUUGGCUGAACAUUCGCUUAUUUGAAGCCCAAUUCGUGGUUAUUAGAUUUGUUGGAGUUAGAUUGCUGUAAAAUAACUUGAAUUGAGCUUGUUUAAUUCAAUAACAAACUAAAAGAGGAAAGUUGAGUAAGGGAAAAAGGCAAGAGGUGUGAGCAACAUUUGAGAGAAAAGCCAAGUUCUACAGUGUGCGAAACACGAGUGUUAAGUGGCAUUCUGUGAGAGAGUGGAGUGAAACACGUAAGGGAGUGUUGUGAGGUCCUUUUAUUUUCUGUUUCUAACAUUCCUUGCAUGUUUCAAUCAUGUCAAGCGGUGAUGAUAGAAAACACCAAGUGGAUAAUUCCUUCAUGCUCAAAGCUAUGCAACAACAAUUUCAGAGGCUAGACAUCAUGUUUGGUGAAAUUAAAGACAAAAUGGAGAAGCAAGAUGCAGCCAUUGCCAAGUUAUACCAAAUACAGAAUGGAAGUCCAAAUUUGCAUAAUCACGAUCUUGAUGACAAUGAUGAAGAUGCAUUCAAAGAUAAUGCCUAGAACUCAAAUUUCAGCAUGGACAGAUUUAUGAGAGGUAGAGGGGGUCAAAGAUAUACAUUUAACAAAGGAGACCAAAAUUUGGCAAGGUGGGGAGAUCGGCAAGAUCAUGACUUAAGCAGCAUCAAGAUGAAGAUUCCUCCAUUUCAAGGCAAAAAUGAUCCAGAUGUGUAUUUGGAGUGGGAAAAGAAGGUGGAAUUGGUGUUUGAUUGCCAUAACUAUUCUGAGGAGAAAAAGAUGAAACUAGCAACAAUGGAAUUUACUAAUUACGUUGUGGUGUGGUGGGAUCAGCUUGUGCUUGGUCGUAGAAAUCGAGAGCGUCCUGUUGACACUUGGGAAGAGAUGAAGGCUGUGAUGAGAAAACGGUUUGUUCCUAGUCACUAUUACCGCGAUCUUUAUCAACGAUUACAGGGCCUUACUCAAGGGUCCAGAAGUGUUGAGGAUUAUCACAAGGAGAUGGAAAUCACAAUGGUUAGAGCGAAUGUCGAAGAGGAUAGAGAAGCAACAAUGGCACGAUUUCUGCAUGGUUUAAAUCGUGAUAUAGCUAAUGUGAUGGAACUGCAGCAUUAUGUUGAAUUAGAGGAUAUGGCGCACAUGGCAAUGAAAGUAGAAAGGCAACUCAAGCGUAAAGGUGCCACCACCAGAACUGGGCAAAAUCCAGGUUCUUCAUUUUCUUCGAAACCAAAUUGGAGCAAAAAGGGAGAAAAUUUUGCUUUUAAGCCUAAAACUUCAACAUCUAAGUCAAAAGACGUUGGCAGCAGUGAGAAGAGUAAAACUAACAGUAUGCAAGGUAGAAACCGAGACGUUAAGUGUUUUCGAUGCUUGAGAAGAGGGCAUAUUGCAUCGCAAUGCCCUAAUAAGCACACGAUGAUCUUGAAAAAGGAUGGAGAAAUUGAAACAGAGGGUGAAUCUGAUGAUGACUUUAUGCCACCAUUGGAAGAUGCUGAUGAUGGCAUGGAAUAUGCUGUUGAUGGAGAACUACUUGUCACUAGGCAUGCUUUGAAUGUGCAAGCCAAAGAAGAUGAUGAAGUACAAUGCGACAACAUAUGUCACACGAGGUGCCAUAUCAAAAAUAAGGUGUGUAGUGUGAUUAUUGAUGGUGGCAGUUGUACUAAUGUAGCUAGCACUGUUUUGGUUGAAAAGCUUAGUUUACCUAUGAAGAAGCAUCCAAGGCCAUAUAAGCUGCAAUGGUUAAAUGAUUGUCGAGAAAUUAAGGUAAAUAAGCAAGUUCUAGUUUCAUUCUCUAUGGGAUGUUAUAAGGAUGAGGUACUGUGCGACGUGGUUCCCAUGCAUGCUGGACAUUUACUUUUGGGGAGCCCAUGGCAAUAUGAUAGGAGAGUAACACAUGAUGGCUUCAAAAAUCACUAUUCGUUCAUCAUGGAAGGGAAAACAAUUACUCUUGUGCCAUUGAGUCCAAGGCAGGUUUAUGAGGAUCAACUGAGACUCAAAAAAGAGAGUAAGCUAAGAAAAGAGAGUGAGCUUAAGGGUAUGAAAAACAAAGAGAAAACAGCAGAAAAAGUGUCCAAAAAGAGACAAAAGAUUGAGAGUGCUGAAAACAAAGAGAGAAAAUCAGUGAGUGUUUAUGCAAAAGAAAGUGAUGUCAAGGCUGCGUUCUUUGCAAAGCAGCCUAUGUUUGUGCUUCUGUAUAAAGAUACUUAUUUCAACACUAACGAACUUAAUGAUUCUUUGCCUAAUGUUGUUAAAUCUCUUUUGCAGGACUUCAAGGAUGUGUUUCCAGAUGACGUUCCUAAUGUUUUACCACCAAUAACAGGAAUCGAGCAUCAAAUUGAUUUCAUUCCUGGUGCAACAAUUCCAAAUCGACCAGCAUAUCGAAGCAAUCCCAAUGAGACGAAAGAACUUCAAAGAGGUUGCGUUUGGGUGCAUAUGCGCAAGGAGCGAUUCCCUACACAAAGGCGUUCUAAGCUGCAACCAAGAGGCGAUGGACCAUUUCAAGUGAUUGUGAGGAUUAAUGACAACGCAUACAAGUUGGAGCUUCAUAGUAAGUAUAACUUUAGCGCUACUUUUAAUGUUUAUGAUCUUUCUCCUUUUGAUGUACGUGACGUUUUGAGGAAAAAUCCUUUUGAGGAGAGAGGGAAUGAUGGGAAUCAAGACGAUAGCAUAUCUAUUACGUCAUGUGAUCCAUUACACACCCAAGGAGGUCCAAUCACUCGAGCUAGAGCUAAGAAGAUGCGUUAAGCUUUAAAUGGCCUUAUUGAGCAUAUCUGGGUUGAAAACAACAUACAACAAGCAAAUCGAAGCUUGGAUGAUUAUCAAGGCAUGGUAAACAUCAUUUAGGUUCAAGAGAAGCUUAGUUGAGGUCCUUUGCACGAAAUUACACAGUUUG